GUGAGAUAUGUACAGACAUAUGUUUUUCGGGUCGCACACUGAGGUAGUCAAAGCUGUGCCGACUCAUCUUUUCUGCAAAAAUAACAUCUUAUUCUCCAUUUGUGCAACGCAAACAGGCGUUCAACUAGGUAGCGGUAAUUAAAGAGUGUUAGCAAAAUGAUUAUAACUUUAAAAAACCUUCAGCAACAAACCUUUACCGUUGAGAUUGAUCCCUCAAAAACGGUAAAGGAACUUAAAGAUAAAAUAGAAGCUCAAAAAGGACUUCCCGCCCAACAUCAAAAAUUGAUAUACGCCGGAAAAAUAUUAACGGAUGAGCAACCAUUGACAGAAUAUAAUAUCGAUGAGAAGAAAUUUAUUGUUGUUAUGGUUUCAAAACCAAAAGUCGGAGUUAGUCCUAGUACGAGCGAAGAGGUAAAAGCUGACGGCGAUAGUAGCAAAGAACAAUCAACGCCAAGCAUAGCAACGCAACCUAGUUCAAAUCCUGCACCACAAACACCACAACCCACUGCAACACCACAACCAGUUGCAACGCAACAACAACAACAGCAACAGGAUUCUGCACAGCCAACUAUAACAAUAACAGGUCCUGAAGGUCAAGCAGAAGGUGCGUUGCUUAUGGGCGAGCAAUACAAUUUAAUGGUAACCAAUAUAAUGGACAUGGGAUAUCCUCGGGAACAAGUUGAACAAGCGUUGCGGGCCAGUUUUAAUAAUCCUGAUAGAGCUGUGGAAUAUCUUUUAACUGGAAUUCCCUAUCAGCUAUUGGAUGAUGCGGCUGAGGAUCAAGCUGAAGCACAAGAUGCUGCUCCACAGGAUCAGGGUCAAGAUCCUCUUGCAUUUUUACGUUCACAGCCACAAUUUCAACAAAUGCGCCAAGUCAUUCAACAAAAUCCACAAUUAUUAAAUACUGUUUUACAGCAAAUCGGUCACACUAAUCCAGCCCUAUUGCAACUUAUUUCUCACAAUCAGGAAGCGUUUGUGCGCAUGCUUAACGAACCUGUAGGUGCAAGUGGAGGAACGCCAGCAGGAACUGCUCCAGUUUCAGCAACAGGUGGAACAGUUAAUCCUUUAUCAGGAAGUGGAACAGGUACAGGGACAGGUCCAGCUGUAAUUCAAGUGACUCCUCAAGAUAAGGAAGCAAUCGAGAGACUAAAAGCCCUUGGAUUUCCCGAGCACCUUGUUGUUCAAGCGUACUUUGCUUGUGAAAAGAAUGAGAAUCUUGCUGCCAAUUUUUUACUCUCACAAAAUCUUGACGAUUGAAAGAAAGAGACGAUAAAUUGCUAUAGAAUUAGGAAUCAGGUACAGAACGGGUAUGACUUCGUUGUUGAUUUUAGAAAGGUGCACUUGACGUUUUUGACUCAUUAGUUGUCCGAGUAUCUAUCAAUUCCGGUAAAAAAAAAAGAUCUAUUUGUUGAAGACUUCGACAACGCGCAAAUUUUACCAUAAAGAAUAUUGUUAGUGUUAUUCUUAAAAGGAAAAUGAAAAAAAAACGUUUUAAGCGCAAGAAAAAUUCACUUUGCUUGGUAAGAAUGAAAACGCUUUUUUUAAUUCUCUAUUUCUAAUUAACUAUAAACUGUGACAGUAAAUUAUUUUUCUUUUUCAAUAAUGGAAUAUUGUUUCAAAAAAAAAAAAAAAAAUAAUAAAAACAGAAAAAUGAUUCUCAAAACAAUUUCAAGUUAUUUUUUGCUUUGGAGAAAUUCAAUGAGAACACAAGAAGAUAUAGGCACAUUUUAUGAGUGAUGUGUGCGUAUGUGUGAGCUUCAGCGUGCAGCACGCCCACGCUCUUCUUUGUUUGGCGUGCGUUUAUAAUAUGUAUUUGUAUAUAUGUAUAUACGUCUUGUGUUUUCAUUGAUUUUUCCAAUGCAAAUUAAUUAUAUUUAUAUACUAGAUAAUAUACUUUUAAGAUCUCUGGAAGCUCUUGAAAAUGUAGAGAAGAAAAUGGAAAAUAUUGCAAAAUUUCUAAAUUUUUCAUCAGCGAAUGUCAACACAUCCACGACUAAUAAAAAAAAAAAAAAGAAUGUUUUAUAAU